UGUGUGCAGAGGAGGCUGAGUCAGCUCUGGAGGCGACCCACUUCUUCACUGAAGACGAACCACUCAAAGCCUCCUUCCUGUCUGAUCUGGACAUUUCGGGGCAGCAGGAAGUGACAUCAGGUGAGGAGGGGAAGGAUGGAGGUGCAGACAGCGAGGAGAAGAAAGAUGUCCAGGUGAAGGACUACAGGUACUACCUGAGGAUGUGGGCCAAAGAGAAGGAGCAGAGGACAGAGACCAUCAAAGACCUGCCCAGGAUGAACCAGGAGCAGUUCAUCGAGCUGUGUAAGACUCUGUAUAACAUGUUCAGUGAGGAGCGAGAGGAGCAGCAGCUGUACCACGCCAUCGCCACCGUGGCCAGCCUGCUGCUGCGCAUCGGAGAGGUGGGCAAGAAGUUCAGCAACGGGGGGGGCAGGAAGACAGAGGCCCCGCCCACCACACAUCAGGCCCCGCCCACCACACAUCAGGCCCCGCCCACCACACAUCAGGCUCCGCCCACCGACACACAGUCCCCACCCCUUGUCGACCUUGAGGCUCCGCCCUCUGUCAGCCCUGAGGCUCCGCCCCCUGUCAGCCCUGAGGCUCCGCCCCCUGUCAGCCCUGAGGCUCCGCCCCCUGUCAGCCCUGAGGCCACGCCCCCUGAUGCUCUGUGCCGGGCCCUGGCCGAGGCCCAGCUGGAGCCCGUGGCGGUGUCAGACGAGGAGGCGCGAGAUGACGGCUCGACCUCGUCCUUCUCCGUGGUCAGUGCCGGCUCGCUGGCGUGCGAGGACAUGGCCGACGACACGGUGCUGGUGGGCGGCGGCCAGCAGAGGCCCGGCAGCGUGCUGGAUGCCGAUUGGUCGAUCAGCUUCGAGCAGGUGCUGGCCUCGCUGCUCACGGAGCCGCCGCUCGUCGACUACUUCGAGAAGAAGACGGACAUACGCGACAAGAUGGCCGCCUGCCACGCCAAGAGGGCGGUGCAGCGGCAGAUAAGCUCCGCCUCCGAACAGGAAAUCACCCAGCAUUCCACCUGAGUCACAUGACUGUCUGUCUGUCUGUCUGCCUGUCUCUCUCUCUGUCUGUCUGUCUGCCUGUCUGUCUGUCUCACCGUCU